CAUAUCCUUUUUAGCCCUUGUCAAAAUAGCCAUGCUUUUCGCCUAGACUCAGUAUAAUUCUAUUCGCAGUGUACGAAAACCAUAAAAAAAGAUACAUGUGAUUCCUUAAUAUUGUUUGUGCAAAUGUUAUAAUAAAAAGCCUAUGCUGGUAGUUUAAGAGUCUGGUUUGAGUAAAAAUCUAGAACUUAUUUUGCUAAGAUGGCUCCCUCUAGUUGUUGAAGUGUCAACUAUACGCGUGUCGUCCAUGUUCCGAAUGUGGUGUGACUUAUUUUUGUUUUGUGUUAAUUUUCAAUAUUAUAUUAUAAAUGUGAAAUGCAACAGUAUGUGUCAUCCGAUAUAGUGGAACUUUGCUCCGGCUGAAUGGAUCCCGCCGUCGCGUGGUAUCAGCCCGAGCAGGAAGGACCCGCGAAGCGCCUGUGGCUUCGUAUCUGGGAAACCCAAAGUGAUAUAGACAAAAUGAACUUGAAAAACUUAGAGAACGCUAACCCUAAUGUGAAUAAAGCGCAAGACUUUAUACCAAUAAAUGAUGUGAACGGUGAAAGUAGGAAUAAUAAUUAUUUUAACCCCGCGCGGAGGAAAAUGAACGAUAACCGCGCAUCGACGUUUAACCUGAACAAAAACCACGAUGCUCUCAUAGGUGAAUACGGGGGCUGUCCGUGGCGGAUACCCAACUAUAAUUAUAAGCCGGGCAUUUUGGGGUUGCACGAGGAGAUCGAGCACUUCUACCUGUACAUGUCUCCGACGGAGACGGAGCACCUGGUGCGCUCGACGGUGGUGAACCGCAUCCGCGGCGCCAUCCUCGCGCUGUGGCCGCAGGCGCGCGUCGAGGUGUUCGGCUCGUUCCGCACCGGCCUCUACCUGCCCACCAGCGACAUCGACCUCGUUGUUAUUGGUCAGUGGGAGAAGCUGCCGCUGCGCACGCUGGAGCGCGAGCUGGUGGUGCAGGACAUCGCGGAGAAGGAGACCAUCAAGGUGCUGGAGAAGGCCACCGUGCCCAUCGUCAAGAUGACCGACAAGUACUCCGACGUCAAGGUGGAUAUAUCAUUCAACAUGAGCAGCGGAGUGAAGAGCGCAGAGCUCAUCAAGCAGUUUAAGGAGAAGUACCCGGUGCUGACGCGGCUGGUGAUGGUGCUGAAGCAGUUCCUGCUGCAGCGCGACCUGAACGAGGUGUUCACGGGCGGCAUCUCGUCGUACUCGCUGAUCCUCAUGUGCAUCAGCUUCCUGCAGCUGCACCCGCGGCCCGAGCGCCUGCGCCAGCCGCACAACCUGGGCGUGCUGCUCAUCGAGUUCUUCGAGCUGUACGGCCGCAAGUUCAACUACGUCAAGACCGCCAUCCGCGUCAAGAACGGCGGCUCCUACGUGUCCAAGGACGAGAUCCAGAAGGAGAUGAACGACGGGCACCGGCCGUCGCUGCUGUGCAUCGAGGACCCGCUGACGCCCGGCAACGACAUCGGCCGCUCCAGCUACGGCGCCAUCCAAGUGAAGCAGGCCUUCGACUACGGCUACAUCAUCCUGCAGCAGGCCAUGGGCGCGGGCUCGGCGCUGCUGGCGCGGCACAGCGCGCUGGGCCGCAUCGUGCGCGUGACGGACCACGUGCUGCAGUACCGGCGCUGGGUGCGCGACACCUUCCAGCCCUACUUCUUCCCGCAGCGCCGGCCCUGCUCGCGCGAGCCCUCGCCCGACGUGUCCGACUCCGACCCGGUCAGUACCCAGCCCUACUGCUUCCCGCAGCGCCGGCCCUGCUCGCGCGAGCCCUCGCCCGACGUGUCCGACUCCGACCCGGUCAGUACCCAGCCCUACUGCUUCCCGCAGCGCCGGCCCUGCUCGCGCGAGCCCUCGCCCGACGUGUCCGACUCCGACCCGGUCAGUACCCAGCCCUACUGCUUCCCGCAGCGCCGGCCCUGCUCGCGCGAGCCCUCGCCCGACGUGUCCGACUCCGACCCGGUCAGUACCCAGCCCUACUGCUUCCCGCAGCGCCGGCCCUGCUCGCGCGAGCCCUCGCCCGACGUGUCCGACUCCGACCCGGUCAGUACCCAGCCCUACUGCUUCCCGCAGCGCCGGCCCUGCUCGCGCGAGCCCUCGCCCGACGUGUCCGACUCCGACCCGGUCAGUACCCAGCCCUACUGCUUCCCGCAGCGCCGGCCCUGCUCGCGCGAGCCCUCGCCCGACGUGUCCGACUCCGACCCGGAGUGGUCAGAUAGCGGGUCGCGCGCGGCCGGCUCGCCGCCCAUCGUGGGCGCCGCCGCGCCGCCGGGCCCGGGCGCCGGCCGCACGUCGCCGCCGCCGCUGUCGGCGCUGCAGUGCUCCUCGCCCACGCCGCGCCGCGUGUCGGCGCACCAGAGCCUCAUCAUCCACCACAUCACCAGCAACUCCGACUUCAACAACAUCCCGUCGGGCGCCUACUCGCGCGCCGGCCGGCCCGACGCCAAGCGCCAGGCCCGCGCCUUCAGCGCCAAGCAGCGGCGCUACGCCUCCCCGCCCGCGCCGCCCCGCCGCGCCCCGCCCGAGCGCCGCAAGCGCCGCCCCGCCGCGCCGCCGCCGCACCCCCUGCGAUGAUACGCGCCGCACCACGCUGCCUAGUGGCGGGCUGCAGCCAGUGAUACGGGACUGCUGUAAACUGCGGGACGCGAGUGUCCGACUAUGUAUAGCGUUACACUGAACUGUUGUACUAUAGCAUAUUCAUAUAACUAAAUACAGCCAGUAGCACACUCUGCCUUACGAAACGCCUCAACAUCACGUGUAUGUCUUCAGCUACUAUAAGUUUUAUUGUCGAUGGCGUUUCGUACGGCGCGAGUGUGUCCACAUUCUGUCUUCCCUGAAGCAUACUCUGUUCAGAAAACAUUGUAAGCCCGCGUGAGUGUGUGGGUGACGAGCUCUGAUGUUCCGUGGAGACGCCUGGCUGCGGGGACAGCUCGGGACAAGUAACAACAUUCACUUACGUACGCUAGUCAUGAUGUUAUUCGUCAAUAGUUCCGACGCCCCAGCCAGGCGAGUGACGCGUGCUAAAUGUACGGAAAUAUACAUAAUUCCCGUUAUCUUAUGAUGGAAUCUUAUGAUAAUUAAUAUAUGACGUCGGCUUAUACACAAUAAGACGUGAAGCCCCGAGCCCCCGUAUCAAUGGUUUAGUUCGACUAGUUAUAAUGUUGCUAGUACCUAAUUACAUUGAAGAGACCGUAUCAACGGGUCACUAUCGUAAACGGAUCAUUGGCAUAAGUCGCAUAUCGUUGCAUUUCGUUUGUUAUAAUAUCAUGAAAGUUCUACAAUAUAAUCUACAUAAUCCUGUAAGUGUUUAACUUAGAAUCAAUGCAAUUUUACUUGUCAUGUGUACCAUCUAUCCAACUCGUGUACUAGCAAUAUUAUACGCAUUCGCUCGGUUUCCGUUUGUCGGUUAUAGUUCGCUAAAGCGUAACGCGAUAACUUCCAGCUAGUUAUUCUUACAUAGAUGGGUCCUAUGUCUAUGCAGAAUUGAAAAUUUGAAAUUUAGAAUAAUUUAUUAAAAAAAUGAAUAUAAUCUGAAAAGUUUUAGUUGUCUGAUGAUGGCAAUUGUCAGGCUAUUAAAUAUGAAAAUAGUUGAAAUCUUUUAGUUUAGCUUUGACAACGUCGGUUAUACGUGUCGUGAGAUAACCUGAGGAGCGGAUACAGAUGGCACAUGCUAUGCAGCAAUACUUCUACUGAGGCUCGAUCAUCAGUGGUUGUGUAGACGGGUCGGUACUGCAUACAUACAUAGCAUACUAGUUGAUAGCAUUCAGUGAUGAACUCGACAGUUGCCUUAAUUCAGAUGAACACCACGCUAGCUGUUAAGUCAUCAAUUGUUUGUGCGUUUGUGAUUACUUCUGCUCAACAAUGCAAUAUACAAGAAUUGGUUGCUUCUUAAAUAUGAUCUUAUGAAUUCACAAGGCGUAUCAAUAUACAUUGUACCUAUUAGUACACUUCUCAAAUCAAAUAAAAAGUAAAAAAAAAAAAAAAAAACAAA